CGUUUCAUCGUUGAGGGUUUUUUCGUAAUUUUAAUGGUAAAAUAGGAAUAUUAAAGUAGUCGUGGAAUCAUCAAGUUGUUCUUCUUUUUCUCUGUUUUUCUUUAUAUGGCUCAAGUUAACUCUUUUGCCGGCGAAUUUAGGAACUCCGGCAACUACAUUCUCUAACGUUUACAGAAUUUUCUGUUUAAUAUUAUAAUUGAAUAAAAAAGUUGUUUGAAGUUUUGGGGUUUGGUUUGUUUAAAAUGGCUGAAGCUGAAGAAAAUAGAGAAAAGAGGUGUUUUUCUAGUAUGCAGAUGGAAGUUUUUUCAAGAGAUCUGUUGCAUAAAUUUAUGAAUGGAAACAACAAUAAAUUUCAUGAAAUUCCUAAUGAGGAAGAUGAAUUGGAGCUGAGUUUGGGUCUUUCAUUGAAUGGAAGAUUUGGGGUAGACCCAGAAAGGGCUAAGAGACUAAAACGCUCUUCUUCAAUUUCAAACUUUGUGUUUUCCGGCGGGGAUGAGAGUAAUGGGCGUUGUUCAUUCUCUGUUGGUCCGAUUGCGAGGACGUGUUCUUUACCUGUUGAGGGUGAGGAGGAGUGCAGAAAAAGGAAGGAGUUGCAAUCUCUGAGGCGUUUGGAGGCUAAAAGAAAGAGAAUGGAGAAAUUACGAGUGGUGAAGGAUAAGGUUGAUUUAGACGAACAUCCUGAAGAAAAUGGUGGUAGUAAUAAUGGUCCAGUUGGAAAUUCAUUGCCUCUGUCACAAGGGUCUAUGGCUUCUCAGGGAAGUGGUUCUUCAGGAAUUUCUGAUUUUGGGAGUCAACCCAUUCAAGGGCCAGGUGACAACAGUACUGGGGCAAAUACUCCGACUAGCAUCAAGCCUUCAGAGCAAGAGCAUGAACAGAAACAGGUCGCCAAACCACCUAAAAUCACAAGCGAAAAACCGCCUACCACAUGUAAUGGAAGUGCCAGCAAGGAAGCGAAAGAAAUGUUCAAAAACUACAUGCUCAACAUGCCCUGUGUUUCCACAACGGGCAAUGGGCCAAAUGGUAAGAAGAUUGAAGGAUUUCUGUAUAGAUAUCAGAAGGGAGAGGAAGUAAAAAUAAUGUGUGUUUGUCAUGGUAACUUUCUCUCCCCAGCUGAGUUUGUGAAACAUGCUGGUGGCGGUGAUGUUGCAAAUCCGUUGAAGCAAAUUGUCGUCAAUCCUUCACCUCUGUUGAGAUGAUGCCAGUGGAACUCUAUAACACAGAAAAGGGGCAAAGCUUCAAGAAUUCAGCUUUGCUAUCAUCGUUCAUCUUCUUUUGUAACAUGGACCAAGGUUCUUUUUUUUUUUUAGAACUAUAACUAUUAUCAUAAAUAUUAAAGAAACUACUUAUUCUUUUUAUAAAUAGUACAGUUUGGGCAGACAUUUCAGAAACUAUGCAGCCAAAAAGAAGUGGUGUGGUAAAUAAGAUGGUGGAUGCACGAUAUAUUUUUCAUCUUAAUCAGAAAUUUCGCAUUUACGUCUAAAAA